AUGGGGCGACUCGUUGGUCUUGAGCUACACAACUUUAAAUCCUAUAGGGGUACCUCGUCCAUUGGAUUUGGUAGCUCGUUUUUUACCUCCAUCAUUGGGCCUAACGGAUCGGGUAAAUCCAACAUGAUGGAUGCGAUCUCGUUUGUGUUGGGAAUCAAAUCUAGCCAUUUGAGAUCGAAUAAUCUGAAAGACCUGAUUUACAGGGGGAGGGUUCUGGGCGAAAGUGACGAUGGUGGUGAAGAAGAAAAUGAUCCCUCUACAGCAUACGUGAUGGCCAUUUACGAAAAAUCAAAUGGAGAUAUCUUGAAGCUCAAAAGAAGUAUUAAUGAGGCAGGUGUCGGUGAAUACAGAAUAAACAACAAAACAGUGAGCGCGAUUCAGUACACAGACGUGCUAAAGAGAGAGAAUAUCUUGAUCAAAGCUAGGAACUUCCUGGUGUUUCAGGGAGACGUUGAAAAGAUCGCCUCGCAAUCACCAGAAGAGCUUACACGGUUGAUCGAGACUAUUAGUGGUUCGAUUGAUCAUAAAAAAGACUACGAUAUGCUUAUGGAAGAGAAAGAGAAAGCGCACGACACCACGGCAUUGUUGAACUCGAGAAAAAAGGCACUUCGGGAAGAGUUCAAUCAAUACAAAAACCAAUCUCUCGAAAUUGAACAGUUCGACCUGAAAAGCAAAGAACUCUCCGACUUCAUUUUGACGAAAUAUUUAACUGAGCUAUAUCACAAUAACAAAGAGCUUGAACAAAGUAUACGUGAACUCAAAUCCGCCACUCAUGAGUUGAAAGAUUUGCAGAAGGUGUUGAAAGACAAUGAAGCUGCAAUGAAAAAUGUGAUUAAGACGCGUAACAAGGAUGAUAGCGAGUACCACAAAAUUGAGAAAUCGAUAUCGAAAAAGGCUGCUUUAAUUAAAGAGAAACAGCUAGCUUUAAUCCCUCUCAAGUCUGAGGUCUUGCAAUUAUCCAAAAAAAUUAGUGAUUAUAAGAGGAGAAUUGAAACUUUAUCCGAUGACCACGAAAGACAGAGCGCGAUUGUUGACACAAUCGAGAAGCAGUUAGCUACAAUCCAAAAGGCUUAUGACAAUUACGUAAAAGAAUUUGAGGCCAGUACGGUGGAGACUUUGAGCUCCGGAGCUUUAGAAGAAUACAAAAAAUUGAGAGAGGAUUUUCUCAUGAAGGGUGGACAUAUCGAGUCUAGAUUGCUCGACCUUGAAGAUUCGGUGAACUCCCUAAACCUACAAAUUGAGAAUGUUUCACGUCAAAACGAAAUUGUCAGCACAAGAAUUAGCGACCUUGAAACCGAAAAGGUAGAGAUAGGCUCUAAAAUUCAAGAAAAUGUCUCCCAAAUCAAUGACGCGCAAAAUUCCUUCAACAAGAAAAAGGAAGAACUUAAUGCUGUGCGUUCUUCUCAGGAGAAAAUCUCUCAGGAAGAAUAUGAGUUGAGCACGGUUCUCAAAGAGGUGCUAGUUCAAUUGAAUGAGCUGCAUGCCAGCCAAAGGGAAACUGCCAGAGAUAAGAGACUCCGUGAAAAUUGCUCUUCACUCAAAAGACUGUUUCCAGGAGUUAGGGGUCUAGUGUGCGAUUUAUGCAAACCCACACAGAAGAGAUACGAGCUUGCAGUCUCGACAAUUCUGGGAAAGAACUUUGACGCAAUUGUUGUGGACAAUCUCAGUGUUGCAAACAAGUGCAUUAAUUACUUAAAAGAACAGAGGGCAGGAGUGGCGUCAUUUAUUCCUUUGGACUCUGUUGAGUCAAAGCCUCCUCAAGCUUAUCUGCGUAAUAUCGACGAGCAUGUGCGCCCAACCUUUGAUGUUGUCACGUUUGAUCCUGAAUUGGAAAGAGCUGUUCAGUAUGUUUGUGGAAACUCAAUAGUGUGUGAUAAUAUGGACGUGGCCAAAUAUGUGAAGUGGGAGAAGAACGUGGACGUGAAGGUUGUCACUUUGGAAGGAUCUUUAAUUCAUAAAUCUGGUCUUAUGACCGGUGGCCUGACACAAAACGGGGGCAGAAGAUGGGACAAAUCCGAGAUUCAGGCUUUAACUACCCAAAAGGAAGAAAUCAAGGCCAAAUUGGAAGAACUUUCAAGGAAAAAGACAAGCGAGCUCUUGGAAAAAAAGCUCAUGGAUGAGGCAGCGGCAUUUGAAGGUCAGAUUCCUCCACUGCAAAAUGCCAGACUCGAACUGGAUAGGCUGUUGAAUGACACAAAUGCUGAAAUCAAAAAUCAAAAAAGCAUACAAGUUGAAUUGGAGAAAGAGCUACAAGGGUUGAAAGAAAAGCUUACAGAAGCACAGUCGAAAGUGGAUUCUACCAAUGGGGAACUCGCAAGUGUUCAGCAGGAAAUAUAUGCCUCUUUCUGUCAAAAACACAACCUUGCGAACAUUUCCGAAUACGAGGAAACGUAUGGAUCGAAGUCGAGGGGUCAUUCUAAGGAGAAGGCAAGAUACAUCAAACAAAUCCAAUACCUUGAGAAUAAACUUGGAUUUGAAAGGGACAGACUGGACGACUAUCAAUCGCGCCUGGAUCGCCUUAAUAAAGACAUGUCGAAGCUCGAGAACAACUAUAGCAAGCUGGUCUCACGCAAAGAGACGAUAGAGAACGAUCUUGACACCUUUGAAAGUGAGCACGAAGUGCUGAUAGAGGAGCUGCAAAGAGCUAAAGGCCAGCGCAAGACACAGCUGACUGAUUACCACCAGUUGGAAGAUGUAGUUUCCGACGCCCGUCUGCAGGUUUCCGACAUCAACAAGAAGAUUGCCAACCUUGAAGAUGUGGUUGAGAAAGCCAAGCUUGAAAAGAUGAACAUCCUGAAAAAUUGCAAGCUAGAAAAUGUGCAGCUACCGUUAUCUUUUGGCUCCAUGGACGACAUUCCUCUUGACGAAUCUGAAAACGACGAGAAUAUGCUUGCAGACGAGAUUGAAAUUGACUUCACGGGCCUGAAGUCUAGCUUCAAGUCAGGAGCACUUGAGGAACUGCUGAGUGAGCUAAAAACAGAAAUAGAUCGAAUCACGGCAGAAUUGUCAUCAAUGAAUCCUAAUAUGAAGGCGCGAGAAAGACUCGAAGAUGUUAAGAGGAGACUGGCUGAUUUGGAAGCAGAGUUCUCUGAAGCCAAGCAAGAGGAGAAGAAGAUUGCGGCAGAGUUUCAAACUGUCAAGUCUAAGAGAUACAAGCAGUUUAUGGACACCUUCAAUCACAUAGCAGCAACGAUAGAUGGCGUCUACAAGGAUCUUACCAAAUCCAACGUUUCUCCUCUCGGGGGAUCUGCAUAUCUGACUCUCGAAGACGAGGAUGAGCCGUAUUUGCACGGUGUGAAGUAUCAUGCCAUGCCUCCAAUGAAGAGAUUUAGAGACAUGGAGCUUCUCUCUGGCGGCGAGAAAACUAUCGCUGCUCUCGCCCUGCUAUUCACAAUCCACUCGCAUCAUCCUUCACCAUUUUUUGUGUUGGAUGAAGUCGAUGCCGCCCUUGAUAAUGCCAACGUGAACAAAAUUGCCAAUUACAUCGCGAAGAACGCAGGUCCAGAUUUCCAGUUCAUCGUUAUCAGCCUGAAAAAUGGACUUUUUGAACGGAGUGAUGCUUUGGUCGGAAUUUACAGAGAGCAGAAGCUCAACACCUCUAAAACUCUUACGUUGGAUUUGAGAAGCUACCCAGACCAGGAAGUCGCCUAA